UGUCGUGUGGAACUGUGUGGAAACGUCGUGUCCGUUUGUGGUUUUCGCAAUAAUUGGGCCUCCUCUUUAUGUUUAACCCAAGAAUUCCCUUAUCAGCGGCUUAUCAUGUGUCUAUGGCACAAAUAUUGAGAGCACAUAAUCCAAUCUAGUGAUGUGACGCUCAUUGAACUACUUUAAUAGUCGCUUUUGGCUGCAUUUAUAGUGAGAAAGUCUCUAUGUUUGCUUCCGGACGAGAGGAGGAAUCUGUGAUAUUUCGGUGAUUCUUGGUGUGAUAAGACAUGAAAUUAAUACAGUUUCGCAAUUGCCGCCUCAUCCGCAAUCAUUCCAUCGUGAAGGAUGACUUGUGGGUGCGCGGAGGGAAGAUAAUCGAUCCCUUGGCGAUUUUCUUCGACGAGGAGCAACAGAGCGACGUCCAGGUCGACUGCCAAGGAGCUCUAAUUGCUCCUGGGUUCAUUGACCUGCAGAUAAAUGGUGGUUAUGGAGUGGAUUUUUCCUACGAUGUCGAGACUGUCGAGGAAGGCGUUUCUAAGGUUGCCAAAGGACUUCUUUCUCACGGUGUCACAUCCUUCUGCCCAACUCUGGUCACUUCUCCCAAAGAUACGUAUUCGCAAGUUAUGCCCAAGAUUGGACGAACUGCCGGCGGCGCGGAAGGAGCUACAAUCCUGGGAAUUCAUCUGGAAGGGCCCUUUAUAAACCCCAGCAAGAAAGGCGCCCAUCCUGAGGGCUGCAUAAGGGAUUUCAGCAAUGGAUUUGACUCUCUCCUUGAGAUUUACGGCCAACUGGACAACGUGUCAAUAGUCACGCUGGCUUCGGAGAAGGAGAACGCCAAGGAAGUGAUCCAGGAGCUCUGUCGACGGGGAAUAACUGUGUCUCUGGGACACACAAUGGCUAACUUGAAGGAGGGAGAAAUAGCCUGCAAUCACGGAGCGACUCUCAUCACUCAUCUCUUCAAUGCAAUGCUGCCCUUUCAUCACAGAGAUCCGGGAAUUGUUGGUCUCUUGGCAUCCAAUGCCAUUCCUCCGGAGAAAACCAUCUACUUCGGGAUCAUUUCAGAUGGGAUUCACACUCAUCCGGCGGCACUUAGAAUCGCCCACAGAGUCCAUCCCGAGGGUUUGAUUCUCGUGACGGACGCAGUUUCGGCGAUGGGUCUCGCCGAGGGAACACAUCACAUUGGCCAGAUGACUGUGGACGUCUCUGGUGGCAGAGCUUACGUGGCCGGAACGAAGACUCUCUGCGGAAGCAUUGCGCCCAUGGAUGAGUGCGUGAGGAUUUUUCUGAAAUCCGCACAAUGUGGAGUGGUUUUCGCUCUGGAAGCGGCUUCGCUGACGCCAGCCAAGUGUCUGGGAAUCGCGGAAAGCAAGGGUACACUGAACUUCGGUGCUGAUGCGGAUCUGGUGCUACUCAACGAUGACCUGGAAGUGUGUUCCACCUGGAUUGCUGGAAAUUGCGUGUUCCGCAAUCCGGAAAAGAGAGACUUUGUCGUCAUCGAGUCUUGACUUUCAAUACAGUUGAUUAUUUUUAGCACUUGGCAUUCUUUGAGUCCUUUUGUCCUGAGGUUGUGUGUUUUGUUGCUUAAUUAGAGGAUGUUUUCGCUGAAACCCAAUCCUCGUGCAUGAAGAUGAUGGACAGUCACCAUGACAGCCAUUCAUGAAAAUAUCCAUAAGUGGGAUGCAGUUUCAGGUGUAUAAAAGGACUGGCCAGCUCCGCUAGCACGGCAGUUCUAUCAACAUGGGAUCACUGGUAAGCACGCUGUGCGGAGAUAAUUCUGCUGGUUAGCGCUGGACAAUACUUUCAGCUUCUCGCCACUCUCGCUGUUGCUGUUGUCGCGGGUAGUGCUCUCAACUCACCCAUUCAUGGAAGUGCUGAGGAUUCG